AUGGAGGACAGCGGGAGUCCAGACCCAGAGGAGCUCAGCCACAGAGACCCGGGCGUCCCAGGGCUGGAGGAGGCCAUGUCCCACAGCCCCAGUGCCCUGCAGGACUUCCCCAGUGUCACCACAGAGAGCGCCGGCCGACAGCCCAACGGCGACAGGCCGUUCCAGUGCAGCCAGUGUGGGGUGUCGUUCACACAGAAGGGAAACCUCCUGAGACACAUCAAACUGCACACGGGGGAGAAGCCCUUCAAAUGCCCCUUCUGCAGCUACGCAUGCAGGCGCCGCGACGCGCUCACCGGACACCUGCGCACACACGCUGCAGCUACAGCCGCUACAGCCGCUGCAGCGGCUACAGGCAGCGGCUACAGGCAGCGGCUACAGGCAGCGGCUACAGGCAGCGGCUACAGACGCUACAGCCACUACCGCUGCUACAGCCACUACAGCUACCACAGCCACUACAGUCACUACCGCCGCUACAGCCACUACAGCUACCACAGCCACUACAGUCACUACCGCCGCUACAGCCACUACAGCUACCACAGCCACUACAGUCACUACCGCCGCUACAGCCACUACAGCUACCACAGCCACUACAGUCACUACCGCCGCUACAGCCACUACAGCUACCACAGCCACUACAGUCACUACAGCUACCACAGCCACUACAGUCACUACCGCCGCUACAGCCACUACAGCUACCACAGCCACUACAGCUACCACAGCCACUACAGCUACAGCCACUACAGCUACCACAGCCACUACAGCCACUACAGUCACUACAGCCGCUACAGUCACUACAGCCACUACGGCCGCUACAGCCACUACAGUCACUGCCGCCACUACAGUCACUACAGCCGCUACAGUCACUACAGCCGCUACAGUCACUACAGCCACUACCGCCGCUACAGUCACUACAGCCGCUACGGUCGCUACAGCCACUACAGUCACUACAGUCGCUACAGUCACUACAGCCGCUACAGUCACUACAGCCGCUACAGUCACUACAGCCACUACCGCCGCUACAGUCACUACAGUCGCUACAGCCACUACAGUCGCUACAGCCGCUACAGUUGCUACAGCCACUACAGCUACCACAGCCGCUACAGUCGCUACAGCCACUACAGCCGCUACAGCCGCUACAGCCUCUACAGCCACUACAGCCGCUACAGCCACUACAGCCGCUACAGCCACUACAGCCGCUACAGCUAUGAUGUUUAA